CAGGGUAUACCCAACGACCUGUCAUCCAAAAGUGGACUACCAUUUCAUGUGACCGAUAAUGAGUCGCAUAGAAAAUACGGCAAAAUUGUCGGCUAUUACGAGGGUUUGAAACCAUGUUUGUCCAUAACUGAUCCCAAUCUAAUCCGCAAAAUUCUGAUCACAGAGUUUCAUAGUUUUGUGAACCAUAGGGAGCUGACCGAUGAGAGCGAGCACAUGAACAAAGGCCUGUUCUUCUCGAGGUAUCCCAACUGGAAACGGAUCCGAGCCAUACAUUCGCCAUCGUUUUCAACGGGAAAACUAAAGGCAAUGAAACCGAUG